UUUCUGUUUCUUUUUCUUCAUGAACAUCGCCCCUCUUCUCUCUCCUCUUCGCCAUCCUUGAUUCUUAACCUAGCCGAUUCAUCUUUUUCUCGUCCCCUCACUUUCUCUCUCUCACACAUAUAUAACUUAACUGCAAUGUCCUCGAUUCAGGAAAAGAUGGCUGCGGCCCUUGCCAACAAGGAUCUCGGUAACGAAUCCUUUAAGCAGGGCGACACCAAAAAAGCCUUGACACAAUACCACCUGGCUGUCCUUGCACUUUCUGGACUGGAUAAUCAAAUGUCGGGGAUGCCGAUGAUGUCCUCAAUGCACCCACAGGAAGGUGCUGCGACUGAGGAGCAGAGGAACGAGAUCAAAUUGAACCUGGCGGUCGUAUACGCGAACAUGGCUGCAUGCCACCUAAAGAACGCCAACUACAAGCGAGCGAUUGAGGUUUGUAAUUCGGCACUGAAGAAUGAUCCCAAUAGUGUCAAGGCAAAGUUUCGUCGUGGACAGGCAAAGCUCGGAGACGGCAACCUUGCAGGGGCUGAAGCUGACUUUUUGAGCCUUGGCGAGAAAGUUCCUGGUGUCAAGGCAGAGCUUGAGAAGAUUAAGAAAAAGUCUAAGGAGGCGGACGAGAAGCAGCGCAAGACCAUGGGUGGGUUCUUGUCGAGAGGACGGAUCAUCACGCCCGAGGACGAGCAGGAGGAGAAUUCACAGUCAGCGUCAUCGACCUCUGCAUCAGCAUCAGUUCCAGCACUGGCACCGGCAGUCAAGGCCACACCAAAGUCGAAACCUACAUUGGCCUCAAAGACCACCAGUCAGAGCAGGAAGCCCAAGCCCAUUCCCAAGGAGGAGGAGUACACGCCCUCGAUAUGGUCUGGCACUGCCCCCAAGAUCCAGGAGCUCGCGGAGGGCGAGGAAUAAAGACGGGCUUUCUGCUGAAACCAAGGAUCUACGCUUCAUGUUCAAUGGUUGUAGGUCAUCUUAUCAUAUUGGUGCCCCUGUUCUCCAUAUCUUCAUUCAACGCGAAUAAAGCCAAUGGGUUGCAGUUGAGCCAGUUGAACGGGACUGGCAAAGGAAAACGAGACAAGCCAUCGUACCGCAAAUGAUUCCUUCCCCCUGCUUCUCGUUAUAUU